AUGACUAGCGAACUACCAGCAAGUCCUUCAGAAAUUUAUACAGAUGAUAUAGAGGUUUUUCAACUUAAAGCACUUUCGUUAAAUUUCCUAAAAAAUAUUUCUGAAAUAACUGAUGAACAUAUUCUAAAACUUGAUCCUUGCCACUUCUGCGAUAAAGAAAUUCUUACCUUACCACUUCUUUCAUUCACAGUAUUAUCAUAUAGACAUAUAUACCAUCGAAUAUAUCUUAAAAAAUAUAUUAUACAAUCAGAAACACGUUUUUCUUUAUGCCUUAUUUCUAGUUGUAUAUCAUCUUUCGAACUUAUUAGGGAGGAACUUGCACUAGCUUCUGGUGAGUAUUACAUGGUGUCUAAGAAUAAGAAUUUCAGAAAAAAAGAUCCCUUAAGUGAUAAUACUAUAGAAGACGAAGAUUCUCUUGCAGGUCAGAGGGAAAAGAAAACUGAAAUUACUACACAUGAUCAAGUGACAAGUCCAAUUAUAUAUGUGGAAGAGAUACCAGAGCUAUCAGAUAUCAUCGAUAGUUCUCAAAUAAGAAUGGAUAAUUCGACUAAUCAAACAACUGAAGAUGACAUCGCUAAUAUAUAA